CGGCAAAGAGCGGUCUGAUGGUGGAGCGGCGGAGGCCCGCGGUUUGCUCAGAUGAAUUCUGAAAGGUGAAUCCAACUGCCCUGAUGCUCUCUUCUGAAGCGCUAUUCCUGGGGGGAAAGGCCAUUUUGACAAUCUAGAUUCCUCAAUGUCUGCUGUGGUACAGGAACUGUAUGCUGAGUUGCCAGUUGUCCUCUCUGCUGAACUUACUGCUUUGUCUGAUCCAAAGAUUGUACUAGAUGCACAACCAGAAGCGUCAGCAUUUGUGCUGUCAUGUGGUAGUGAUUUGCCAUCUGAGCACCAAAGAAAUUAUGGGUUGAAAAUAUGCUCCCAGAACUCUGAUGAAAGACUGGAUUGUGCAGGCAAGGUAUCUUGCCUUGGACCAAUGGAGUUAAUUUCUGAAGAGCCUACAGAAGCUGGAGAUGUUGCAGAAGACGUUGAGGCACAAAACAAGCGGUUACUGAAGAAAGAUUGUCUUUGCAAAAACCUAAGAGAAGGUGCAAAGGCAGCAAUAGAUAGAAGGGAUGCAGAUGAGGAAGAUUUGGUGCAGUAUUCUCUAACUCCACUGGAUAACUGUUGUUCAAAAUGGGAAGAGCCUCAGCUAAACCAGGAGAGGAAAGAAUUUUUUCGAAGACCUUCCUGUGCUGAAAUAGCAGGCUUGCUGCAGAAUAUAGAAGAAAACCCAGUAAAUAUACUGGUGACAACUGAAAGUCUGCCAAACCUCAUGAAAGAAGCACAAGGUAUGAAGGCUGAUGGGACUAGGCUGUUUAGAGAGAGCAAUACCAGAGUGGGGACAGGUGUUCCACCUGAGAGCAGUGAGUGCUCAAAUGUAGACACUAUCAUGGCUGAGGUUGAGGUUUCAGAAACCAGCAUCAUAUUCUCUCAUGAGCCUGUAAAUGUGAUGGACAAUGCCUCCUCAGAAGAACAUCCACAAAGAGAGGACAAACAGCAAGAGCGGACAGCCUGUAUAGUCUUACCUGCAACUACAGAGGCCUGUGUCCUUUCUGGCUCAGAGGAUGGAGGAGAAGCGUCAUCCAGUCAACAUAAAGAUGCUAAUGCAGCCCAUAACAACAAUCUGCUUUCCCAGCAGAAUAAAAAGAACUUGCACGAUAAUGUAUCUGUUCCAGUAUCAGAAAGCUCGGUUGCUAUUGAUGAUCAGCUAUCAUAUAUGAGUUCAGAAGCCUCCACUCCUCACUUUAAAAGUUGUUUGGAAUUUGGAAAUGUGUUGUGGGAAGACAACAUUAAUAUCUUUGACGUUACAUGUGAAGUGCAGGGGGAGUGUCCUCUUGGCAAGGAGGACAGCUUGAAAAGCAACACUAGUUAUGAAACCCUUGAACUUCUGGAAGAAUGGGCCCCAAACAUAAAAAUGAACAAGACUGCAUCACCAGUCCGGAGCAGUGAAGAGCCAUCCAGUGAUGACGAACAAGAAGUGGGUAUUUGUCUGGAUCACUCAUAUAGUAGUCUUUUUAAGGAAGGUUCUGAACAUCAGACAUCUGAAGAACAUUUAGAAGGUGACAUAAGACCAGUCCUUUCAGAAAUUGACAGCACUCAGAAGCAGAUGGACCAGCUACGUGCCUUUCCCAAUGCUGGAUGUAUGGCCACUGAGGUGGAAAAAAACAGGCCUUUUUUGGUGGAAGCAAGCAACGUCUGUAGGCAGGAAACUUUGGGUGGCUUACAAAACAGUUCUAUUGUAAGUGUUAAUUCAGUUCUCACCUGCCAUGACUCUUUGGAUGAUGACACUAUAUUAUGUCAAGAGAGUUUACCAAAUAUAGAACCCAACAGUGAUGAUUCAGCUACACAUCUGCACGCAUCCAAUGCUACUUGCACAGUAGGCACCAACCUAGUUAUUGAUGAAGAAAACCAUGAAAUAAUUCAACACUCUGAUGAACAUUCAUUUACCCAGCAAGCUAAUGUGACUUUAAGUAGCUCUGAGUUCCUAGAUAGUCUGCUUGGGGGAGGAUUCACUGGGCUCUCUGCAAAGUUAAAGUCAGAGCACGCCCACUGCCUACUUCAUCACAGGAGGAAAUCAUCUUCAGCAAAUCAGAAAUGUGACAGCAGUGUCUUAACAAGUGUGCCAUCUAUGUCGAGUGAUACAGAAAAAAGAGUGACUGAUAGAGCAAUCAAAACAAAUACUGAAGAAGGUGACAGACCAGAAAUGAGCCAUGCCUCUGUACAUAUUGGGACAGUUGGCCCUUCUAAGGAGUGUGAUGUUAAGAGAUGUGACUCUCCUAAUCAGUGUUGCUGGGGUCACUUGGACAGGAAAGAUGGCAGCUUGGAUUCUGCCUGCUGUGUAGGUGUGUCCUUCAAGGUAGAAGCUGAAAGCCAGAGGACUGAUGAUGGCAAGGAUGAUUAUGGUGGUGUAAAUGCAGAAGAAAUUCUGGAUGUUGACAAGAGUAUUUACCCUCUAGAUACAUACUUAAAACAAGAACUGAUUAAGGCUUCACUAGAGGUGAAUGACAGAAUGGAAAUGUUGGGAAAUGUAAAAGUGUAUGAAAACUGUCUUAGAAACAACAUGAAUGAAAAAUCAACAGAUGGCAAAGGUCUGGAGAAAACUGUCCAUCCCCUUAAAUUUGAAAGCUUUAAAAAGGGACCAAUCCCGGAAGAAUUAGAGAAAUAUCAAGCUCACCCUUCCUCCUCCUCCUCCUCUUCUAAUCUGAAGACUGACCUGAACUCUGACCGCCCAGCUUCAACAAAGCUGCAGGACCAUCCUGUCCUGUUUAAGCAUCCCAGUCAGCAUCAGACAAAAGUUCAGACACUGGUAUGUCAGGAUUAUCAUCUUAACAGCCUAGAUCAGAAAAAUGUAAACCCCCAAGAAGUUAGAGUUUUAGCAUGCCAGAAGCAUGUCUUGGAUAUCUCCAAGAAGCAAGUGGAACAUAAUACAGUUCAGCCUGUGAACCAUUCACUUGAAGAGACUCAAAAAUCUUUUGUCUGUACUCAAGAUGAGUCAUUAUGUCCAAAGAGAGACCAAGAUAUAAAUCCACAAAACCAUCUAGUGCUUUUAAUAAAAAAUGGUGAUCAAGAGACAUUUCAGCCAAGCAUGAGAGGUAAUAGCUCAUCUUAUAAGAAAAUAUCAAAAUUAAUCAGUAAUCCAUUGAAAGGAAGGUUGAUAGAAUUAAGCAACACUGGAAUGCUUUUAGAACGUUUUGGACGUACUUCUGAGCUACUGAAGUCAAAUAGAUUUAUUCAGAAACGGGGUUGUCAGAGAGCAGCUCAAUUCUGUUCUGUUUUGCGGUCAGUCAGGAGGAGAUCUUUGGAAAUGCGAACUAAAAAAAGCUUCCUAAAGUUUAGCAGUAAACCUACUUUACUUUCUAAUCACAGUUUUUUUCUGCUGAAAUCUCUAACCCUUAGAACAGCUGGUGGUCAGAGAAGUACGGAGGGUGUGUGUUCAAAAUUGUUCAAGGAUAGUUUGAUACGUAUAUCUUUAGGUCUGUGGCCUACUCAGAAUCUAGAAGCCUGCUUGCCUGAAAAAGAUGAACCAUCUACUUCAUUGUCUGUGAAUGUUCUUGACUUUUCUCCUGCAGCAGCGGUGUUGUUGGAAAUAAAAGCAGAUGAUCACAUCCAUCUUGUAUUUUCAGAGGAUGGCAAAGCAAGCUGUUCUGUCAAAGAAGAUGGGCAUGUGGGUUCUCCUCCUGGAAGCACAGUGCAUAUCAAGCCAGGUGUUGGAGUAGUAGGAAAAGUUUUAUCCAUAGCAUCCAGUGGUCCUGAUCCUUCAAAGAAACAAUCUUCUGUCAAUUAUCGUAGUCUAAUAAUUGAGAAAAUGAAGAUACCAGUUCAUUCUCUCAGUAAAGAUUCUUCUGGAGCUCUUUUAGACCUGCUUGUUGUCAGGAAAGAAGAAAUCACAAUUCCAUUCGAGUCUAAAAUAUAUGUAAGGCCUCCUUUUUUCCACCCACCUGAUUACAUUUCCGAGCUUAGCUUGAAUGAAGGACACACACAUGCCAAAGAUCCCUCCAAACUAGCAGUAGUCAAACAGUUUGCUUUGCAACCUAAAGAUGUAUUUCCCUCAGUAACACCAGGAACCUUUUGCAACACUGUGCCUUUUGCUUCUCUAAGUAUCAGUAUGUUUGAAGCCUUGGCCAAAUGCUUCAGUAGUAAAGAGAGAAAUUUGCAGAGCACAGAGAAGCAGACAAGAGACCAAAGGAAGACGUUAGAUUAUUUGGCCAAUAUAGGCAACGAGGGUCCUGUUAACAAAAGAACUUUUGAAAUGGGAGAUUCUACAAUCUUUAUGAAGAAAACUAUGCAAGAGGGGGUGGAGGAAAGCUUGGCUGAGUAUACUGCUUUCUCUGAUGCAGCUAGUCAACAGCUUCAGGCAAAAGAUAAGGGGGAGGCAGAGAACCUCUUCAGGCAGAGAUCCGUCAGAACUGGUUGUCUUUUAGCCAGCUCCUCUAAUGAGGUGGUAGCAUUCAGUGCUGGGAAAUCUGAAGAUCCUACAUGGACUUUGGUAAUGGGGAGUAUUAUUGAAGACGGUGAGAACAAACAUCAUUGUAGCACUUUAAGGAACUCCAAAAGACCCAAGAAAUCCAAAGACUUAAUUGGGUUGGAAUAUAUGGAGGCCAAAGACUCUGAGGCCAGAAGUCCAAGUCUUUGCUUCAGGAACCAUAGUCAGCAGUCAACCAGUAUAGCCAUUCCUGUUCCAGUUUUUUGCAGGUUGCCACAAGCUUUUGGAAUCCGACGAACCUUUAAAAGUGCCCAUGAAAUAAGACGAUCUCUUGUACUAAGGAGACGAUCAGGGAACAUAUGUAAGAAUGAUUAUAUGCAAGGUCAUUUCAAGGUGAGAAGAAAAAGUAACCAAAUUAAGAGUUCUGCUUUCCUAAAGAAUCUAUUAAAGAUAGUUCCGAAGUAUAAAUAUAAGCUCAUCAGCUCUAUAUAUUUAGCCAUGAAACCAGCAGUUAUAGAAGACAAAACAGCUAUGAUACAGGGCCAACCACCAAAGCAAAGAGCCAACCGAAGCAGCUUGGUAGGCUCUUCCGGGUUUAGCGAACCUACCAAAGACCCAACUGUCUUGAAGAGGUUGUCUGCAUUAGCCAGUAAUUUGCUGGACCCUUUGACAAACCUUCAGAAUUUCAACAUACCAAUGAGUUUCACAAAUCUUUUUCCUUUAGCUGAAAAGAACAGCCAACUUGGAAGAAAGAAGCUACUGGAAGUUUUUUCCUGGGUUAACAUGAAAUUAAAUUCUCAAUGGAUUAAAGGCAGUUACUAUUCUACCAAGAUGUUCAGUUCUCAGUCUUUGGCACUUUAUCCCACAGAAUCAACAAACGUGUGUGUUUUGGAACCAAGGAACAAUACUCCCCUAGCAUUCAGUACUCCCACAUUCCCACUUUCUUUUCAUAUACAAAUGAGUUCCAGUCCUAUGACGAGCAUCCAAGAAUUUACAUCCUUUCACAGCUUUACUAACAGGGUGGCUUUGGGAGAGCUAGAAGCUUUGCAGCCUGCAAAAUGGACCUUUUCUUUCCUCCUGUCUCAAAGCAACUUGGGUGAAUCCCCAGUCCAUGAAGAUGCUUGUGUUCCUACUGAGUCCCGCAUUGCAUCAGCAUCUUUUCAUGCAGCAAAGGACAGCAGAAGAUAUACUAUAGCUAAGAGGAGUUCAGGGUGCUCCAUGCUUGGCCUGCAGACGGUACUAGCACUGUCUUCAUUUGGAUGUUACAGGCUUUGGACGAGAAAAAGAAAUCUAACCAGUCAAAUCCCAGCUAUCCAGAGGCUGACGGUGCUGCAGUUUACCCAGGGCUUGAAAGGGUUAGAAUGUUCCACUUCUGUAUCAGCUGACCUCUUCUCUUCCUUGCCCUAUUUGCUGGGUAGGGUACUGUCCAUAUGGAGCCAGCAUGGUCCUUCCACCUGUCCCUCCGAAUUCACUCCUCUCCAUUCCAAUCGCUGCAAGUGGCAGCCAGUCACUACCGCAACCACAAGUCUGGGCCUCGGGAACAGCUCUGCCACGUUGCCUCAUGUGCCUGACCAGGUUGUUGAAGCUCCCAGGAUUGUGUAUAAUGAGCUGAGGUUGGAACCGUACUUCUCUGCAUCAUUACCAACAUCUUGCUUGAUUCCAGAACGUGAGCGUUCUCCUCUUGGACUCUUGCCACCUGAAUUUCAGGUCUAUCCAUUGGAUGAUGUUUCUGUCCCUGUGUUGCCCGCAACUGGUGCUCAGUUGGAAAAGGAAAAAAUAGAGAAGAGGCCAAAGAAAGUGUCUCAGAUUCGGAUUCGGAAGACUAUUCCUAAACCAGAUCCCAACCUCACCCCCAUGGGACUUCCUAGACCAAAGAGGUUAAAGAAGACAGAAUUCAGCUUAGAAGAAAUAUAUACGAACAAGAACUACAGAUCCCCUCCUGCAACCAGGUGCCUGGAAACUAUCUUUGAGGAACCAAAGGAGAAAAAUGGAUCCUUGAUCUCUGUCAGCCAGCAGAAAAGAAAGCGGAUUUUGGAGUUUCAGGACUUCACCAUUCCCCGAAAAAGGAAAGCUCGAGGCAGAAUCAAAGUGAUGGGCAGUUUCACCAGGGCACAGAAAGCUGCAUUAGAGGGAAGAGAACUUGAUGCCCUUCUGAUUCAGAAACUAACAGAUCUUGAAACUUUUUUUGCCAUGGAGGAGGAGCGAGAGCAAGGGCAUGCAUCCGGGAGUUGAGGAUGGGACACCAGCUGGAAAAGGCUUGAGUAAUCUAAUCUGCUUGGAGGAUCCGUUACCAGUUUUCCCAUACCAGCUGCUCGGCUCUGAUACUCAUGAAUAGCUGUUGGUUAUGGACCUUCAAGUGCUUAUGUAGAUUUUUUUUUAAUUGAUGGAAAGGAGCAUCUCAUUUCCAGUAAUGCAUUCAGGUGGCUCUGUCUUCAUCCUCUAGUGUCUCUGGAAAUUGUUAAUACCCAUUUUAAAAACUCUGAAAAUCAUUGGGACAGAUUCAAGGCUGAAUUAAUGCACCCUCAAAUACAAUAGGAUUCUGAGGACUUCUGAACUUUGUACAUUUAUUUGCAUCCACUGUUUUUCUCCUUAACAACUCCUCCGAAAGUUUUGACUGAGGUGUAGGGAAUGCGAAAAACAUUUAUACGUGGGCACCUUUUGCUGAAGCAAGAUGCGCACAAGAAAAGUGGUGUUUCCGUCUUCUUGCCUUCAGUGGCAUGGGGCAACAGGAGCCACAUGUGAGACCCAGAGCUUAGCAAGUUGCACUUUCUUUUAUUUGCUGCAUAAGGGCACCUCAUAGUAUGUGGUGUGUCAUACAUAUUUUAAUCAUGUAUUAUGGGAUGCAGCAGUACAGAUUUUAGGUACACUCAAAAAUUAUUUUAGCAAUUUUUAAUUUUUCUCCCUGGUCUGAAGACAUGCAAGGAAUAGCUGGUAUAGUGAACUUCAGCAUGGAGGAUCUUAGUUUUUAUUUUAAGACCAGAACACUGAAAAGACCUCAGAAAUGUCUGUCUCCCCACCCCCAUUCUCCCUCCCACCCAAAUCUUCCAUCUCCUUUCUAUGGUUAACUUGAAAAUUCCAGAAUUAAGAGCAUUACCUAGCUUGCCUGAUUGAACAGAUUGGUCUCCUGCAUCUGAGUCUCAGUAAGCAGGCCAUGAGCCUGAAGCCAUGCUUGAAAAAUAGUAAUCUUUCUUCCCUAAAGGGAAUGCUGCUGCCCUUUGCAGAUUCUUUUAAGUUUCUUUUAUUUGACCAUUUCACAUCAUGAACAGCUGUGAUCAGGUACCUUUUGUCUGCAGUGCCUAUACAUACAACUUGAGCCAAACAUAACAGCUGAAAUGCUCAAAGAUUGUCUCCUGCUUUCGCAUCUCAGAUUUUGCACUUUUGUGCCUCUGUGCCCCAUGGAUACCUUCCUGUUACCUCUUGAAUGAAUAUAACUCCUGUACCCCAUUUGUAAGUCAAUUUAUCUGAAGCCAUGCUAGAGAAAGCUUAGCCCUUCCUUUCCGGAAGGGAAUGCUGAUGCCCUUUUGGGAUGAAAAUGACGCACGAUCUUCUCUUUCCUCUGACAUUCCUGUAUUUUAAGAGCAAGCAAGAAACUGAAAUCAGCCACUGUAGCCUGUGGAAUCCUGGGCCUUAAAGCUGCAAGAAGUGGAAGGGCAACGAAUGCCACAUUGUGCCUGAAAUGCUAAAUGGAUUUCUGCUCGGCUACCUUGAUAGGUUCCCCCCCUUGUGAUCAAGAUAAGAAUCUAGUGGUUUUAAUAGUCAGUUUGUGACAUGAUGCUACUGCGUGCAAAUCGAUGAGCUCUUAAGGCUAUCAAAUAAUAACUUCAGGGGUAGAAGCCUCCCCUGAAUAUUUUUGAUUUUAAUAUUUUGGGAGCACUGAUUCAAAUACUGAUUCAAAUCAUUGUUAGAAGUAUGUUUUAAAACCCUUUUGUCCCAUAGUGGGAUUUUAAGAUACAACACACCAGAACAGACUCUAAUGUGGAAAAUCAUUAGAUUCUUUUGUGAAAAUAUGUAGAUGAACUGGUGUUCUGUUAGUGCCAGGUAAGGAGAAUGCUCUAAACAUUGUUCUGCUUCCCACUGUGAGUUUUGGAAAUAUUUCAGUUCUCUCUCUCGCUCUCUCACUCUGAGAAAAUGUAUUUUUAUGAAGCUGCAACUAGGAAGGUCUCUAUUUUCAGCUUUGUUUUACUGUCCAGAAAACAGUGCUGAUGAUUUUCCCACCUUGAGGCAGGUUCUGUGGCAAUCCCGUCAAUGGUGGGACUUUACUAUCACUGCCUUGAAAGGAUUUCUUCUCUUCCUGGGUGGUUCAUGGGGCUAAAGCCCUCUCUUUUUGGGUGCAUGUGCUCCAAGUUCCCACAUCUCCUGGUUUUCUGGGAUGCAUAGAGCAUGUGUGUGUUUUACUGCUGAUGAAAGCAUCUACUGAAACUGCCUGUACUCCAAAGAGAAAUUGAGGCUAUUGCCUUGGAAGGCUGUAUUCAGACAGAGCCCUUCUGAAGUGCAGCUGGUGCAAGUGGAAGAAGACAGUGAUUGUUGUUACUUGUUUUGGUUCAGUUCAGUACAACUGGGGGGGGGAGGGAGGUGAGGGGACUGAACCACUGUAAUGAAUUCCUGUUCAGUACCCUAGGUAGCCUACAACAUAAUUGUUAGGGGUAGGGGAACAAAACAGGUUAUAGUCCAGACUGGGAGAGUGUGGAUCUGUCCAAAAAUCGGAGCAACAUUUUUCUCCCUUGCAGUUGCCAGCAGAACUCAUACUGUGGAGCUUGCCAGAUGUCUCAUCAGCAGAGGCAGCAUGCAUUUGAACAUUGUCAUUUGUCAAGCUUUUUCUGGUUUAUGUUGGGUUAAGAGCUGUAUGAUGAAGUUUUCAGUCACAUUGUAGUUGAUGAUUAAGAACAGCUUGUGAGAUUUGAAUCCUUCAUGUUAAGAAAUAUUGAAUGGAAAUUUGGAUAUGUGUGUCCACUAUCAUGCUGCUUUCAUGGUUUUUUAAAAAAGCUUUCAGUAGCCUUCAAAUUUUAAAUUUAAUUUUUCCUGUGUGCUUAAAAAAACACAUUUCAAGUGUACAUCAAAGGUAA